GGCAGGAGCGGCGGUGAGGGUGGGACGCGCGGCGGGGCGCGAGGAGCGGCGGCGGCCCAGCCGGAGCAACAUGGCGCCGGUGGGCGGGGGCGGGCGCCCGGGCGGCGGGCCAGCCGGAGGGUGCCUCCUCCUGGUGGCGCUGGUGCUGCUCUGGGCGCUGGGGGCCUGGGGCCAGGGCGACCUCCAGCGGGGGGCGAUUCUAGGCAUGAGGCUGGCGAGCUGCAACAAAUCGUGUGGGAUGAACUCGGAUGGCAUCAUCUACGUGUCCGAGGGCAGCACCGUGAACCUGAGGCUGUACGGCCACAGGCUGGGCUCCUUCUCCAGCAACCUGAUCUCCUUCGCCGAGGUGGACAACUACGAUAACAUCCACAACUCCACUAACUGUCCCGAGCUCACCAAGGACUUAGUCGUCCAGCAGCUGGUCAACGUGAGCCGCGGCGACACGUCAGGGAUGCUGGUGGUGCUCACUAAGUUCCUCCGGAGGAGCGAGAACAUGAAGCUUUAUGCACUGUGCACCCGGGCCAGCAUGGACCGGCCCUGGCAGAGGUGGACAGACAAAGACUCGCUGCUCUUCAUGGUAGAGGAGGCAGGGAGGUACUUGCCCCUCUGGUUGCACAUCCUCCUCAUCUUCGUGCUGCUAGUGCUAUCGGGCAUAUUUUCUGGCCUCAACUUGGGGCUUAUGGCCCUGGAUCCCAUGGAACUGCGCAUCGUGCAGAACUGUGGUACCCAGAAGGAGAGGCGAUAUGCCCGCAAGAUUGAGCCUAUCCGGCGUAAGGGCAACUACUUGCUCUGCUCACUGCUCCUGGGAAACGUGCUGGUCAACACUUCCCUCACCAUCCUUCUAGACAACCUCAUUGGGUCUGGACUCAUGGCGGUAGCAUCCUCCACCAUAGGCAUUGUUAUUUUUGGGGAGAUUGUACCUCAGUCCCUGUGCUCCCGACAUGGACUGGCUGUAGGUGCCAACACUAUAGUUCUCACCAAAUUCUUUAUGUUAAUCACCUUCCCUCUCAGUUUCCCCAUCAGCAAGCUCCUGGACUUUGUUCUGGGCCAGGAGAUUCGCACUGUUUACAAUCGGGAAAAGCUAAUGGAGAUGUUGAAGGUAACGGAGCCCUAUAAUGACCUCGUGAAAGAGGAGCUAAAUAUGAUCCAGGGUGCCCUGGAACUACGGACCAAAACGGUGGAGGACAUCAUGACCCAGCUCCAAGACUGCUUCAUGAUUCGCAAUGAUGCCAUCCUGGAUUUCAACACCAUGUCUGAGAUUAUGGAAAGUGGUUAUACUCGCAUUCCUGUAUUUGAGGACGAGCAGUCCAACAUUGUAGAUAUUCUCUAUGUGAAAGACUUAGCCUUUGUGGAUCCUGACGACUGCACACCCCUCAAGACCAUCACCCGAUUCUACAAUCACCCAGUGCAUUUUGUCUUCCAUGAUACUAAGCUAGAUGCCAUGCUGGAGGAGUUCAAGAAGGGGAAGUCCCACCUGGCCAUCGUGCAGAAAGUGAACAAUGAGGGUGAAGGGGACCCCUUCUAUGAGGUCCUGGGCCUGGUCACCCUAGAGGAUGUCAUUGAAGAGAUCAUCAAGUCUGAGAUCCUGGAUGAGUCAGAUAUGUACACUGACAACCGAAGCCGGAAACGUGUGUCUGAGAAGAACAAACGCGACUUCUCAGCCUUCAAGGAUGCUGACAAUGAACUCAAAGUGAAAAUUUCACCCCAGCUGCUUCUCGCUGCUCAUCGCUUCCUGGCCACAGAGGUUCCCCAGUUUAACCCCUCUCUGAUAUCGGAGAAAAUCCUGCUUCGUCUUCUCAAAUACCCGGACGUCAUUCAGGAGCUCAAGUUUGAUGAUCACGACAAAUACUGCAGUCACCAUUACUUGUAUGCCCGAAACAAACCAGCUGACUACUUUAUUCUUAUCCUACAAGGGAAGGUGGAAGUGGAGGCUGGGAAAGAGAACAUGAAGUUCGAGACUGGUGCCUUCUCCUACUAUGGGACCAUGGCUCUUUCCUCGGUCCCCUCUGUGCCUUCAACCCAGGUCGGGUGUCCGCCUGGCAAGCAGAACUCCCUGCUCUCCUGGCUCUCAGACCGUUCUCCAACUCAUGCUACCCCCCUCAGUCGCUCAGCUUCCCUCAGUUACCCGGAUCAUACAGAUAACACAAGUGCAACUCCCAUAGCAGGCAGCAGCAACAACCAGUUUGGAAGCUCCAUCCUGGGCCAGUAUAUCUCUGACUUCAGUGUCCGGGCACUCAUGGACCUCCAGUAUAUUAAGAUCACCCGGCAGCAGUACCAGAAUGGACUGCUGGCCUCACGCAUGGAGAACUGUCCUCAGUUUCCCCUGGAUGUCUGUACCAUUUGCACAGAGAACUUGUCUGAGAAGUCUGAGCUGCCUGUGGUGGAUGAAACCACAACUCUUCUCAACCAGCGCAACUCCUUGCUACACAAAGCUUCCCAUGAAAGUACCAUUUGACAGGAGGGCCCGGGGUCCCCCGUCAACUCUACGGGGGCCUCCCCAGUGGGCCCACAUGAAGAUAGGGAGUUUGUUAAGCCAGAAGGGGGUACAGAUAGCCUCGCUGAAUAGCUAGGUGACCCCAGCCUGUAGAGAAUGUGGCCUCUGACAGGGACCUCUGAAUAGCUCUGAGGCAGGGGCUGCCUAGCUCUGGACUGACUGAUGGGGUAUAGGGGUAGAUGUCUGGCUACCAUGAGCAAGGCUGGUUUUUUUUUUUUUUAUUUUAUUGAAUUUUCUAAACUAAGCUCAUCGUUCCUCUUUUAAAAUACCAUUUGGGGAAGGGAGUAGGGAAGGGAAUACAGGGUUAAGGAACUUUAUUUAAAACUUUUUUUUUUCUAAGAAAAAAAAAGACAUUAAAAGGGGUGGGCUCUUACCCCAGGAAGCAAUAGCCAUAAUGCACUCCCAGCCAUAAUCUCCUGGCUUAUGUCCCUGAUUUAGGGAGCCCACUCCUCCUCUCCCAUCUCCAGAGGCCCACUGGGGAAGGGUUUUCUCUUGGGAGGAAAACAGUUCUUCCCAGGAAGUAAAGAACCAAAAAAUGCUUGAGAACAACUGCCUGAACAUUCACUGAGGCUGGUUGGAUGUCUGUGUGGCUUAGGGAUUCUGGGUAGUUGUGAUGAGGGACAGGAUACUUCCAGCACAGAGAGGAAUAUACCUACUCCUGUCAAUCACUGGAUUCAGGAAUUUCCCAGAACUGCUGAUUGGCUCUCCUUGUGAACUGGGGACAACUGAGGAUUCUGACUUCUGCCCUACUGGACUAUUCUCCCCUUGUAAUGAGGCAGACUCAAAGUGCUAGGCAGUCAGUCUCAAGUCUCUCAGAUUGCUUACUUUGCUCCACAGAACUUGGCUUCACUUUUACCAAAGGUCUCCCCUUCAGUAGGAAGAGAAUCUACAUUAGAGGUGAUAUGUCUGUGGGCUAUUGCUUGGUGUCCCAGGAGGGAGGGAAUUUGCUUAUGGGUAUCUGUGUUGUUAGUAAUUAAUACCACCUCCUUUUGUACCCUACAACAAAAAGCCAUGUCUCAGUCUCACUGACCUCUAAAACCCUUCUUCUUUUCAGACUCCCUGCUUCUAAUCUAAAAAUCUGAAUGCCCAUUGGAGACUGAGGGCAAGAGGCCAUGCUGGGAGCCAAGCUAAGCAUGAUCCUCAUGCUUUUUCACCUGUGGCUGAAAUUAAUCUGAUCUUAUUCACCCACAGAACCCAGAAAUGGUUUCCUACACAUCUGGCAGCCCCUUCUAACCUUUUUUUUUUUUUUUUUUUAAUGUAUAUGUAUUUUUAGUGAAGUGUCACCAUGGCUUUUGCUUAAGUUAGUGGCUCUGGACCUAUGAGCUUCUCCCCUACAUGAAAUCCUGCUUGUCCCAGCUUCUUUCCCCUGGGGCUGAAUCAGGCCCUGCUGCAGAGACCAGACCUCCCACUACAGGGGAGGUUGUGGGACCAAGGGAUAUUGGCUUUUCUGUCGGGUGGAACCGGAGCAACAACCAAGAUCCAGGCAAGGAAAAUUCUGCAGACCUUUUGCCUGAGUAAAUUUAUUCACUUUUUUCUCAAAUCAAUGGAGUCCUGUCACCCCAAGUGCUCUGCUUUUCAGGUACCUAGAGAGUCCUAACUCUUGGGACCAGGAAAUGUCUUAUACUGAGUAUGCCUGCCCCUGGCCAGUUUAUAGUCUUCCCCAGUCACAAAAUUUAUUCCUAAAAGUCUGGAGAGAAGAUGUUGACACCAUGGCUUCUUUGCCAAAAGGAAAAAAAGAUAGCAAACCUUUGUUCCCUAUUUUCAGUAGGAGCAGCUUGCUUCCUGAGUGCACAUGGGAGCUUGCAAAGCUGUGUUCCUGAGACUCAAGUGCCAAGCGGAGCAAACCACAUUGGCCUGAAUCAAGUGUGUGUGAAGUAAAGGGAGCAGGUACACACACUUCCACAGCUACCUCCUUGCACACACAGUUACUAUCAGCAGAUGGUCCCUCCUUCUCCUGACUCUCCUCCCCUUCCCCGUUUAUAAUCACUUCUUGCAGAGGGUCAUAAUUAUUUCCAAAUAUUACUGGUCCAAUGACUUCCUCCUCCCAGUGCAAUUUAUCACUUCCUAUUCCAACCUCUGGUUCCUGGGCUGAGCCAUACCCUAGAACUGGCCCAUCCCUGCAUGUCUUCCUGUGUAAGGGAGACCAUCGCAAAUGGCCUCCAAAUGGGUAGGCAAGUCACAGCCACCAUAGUAAAUAACUCAUAUUUAUUUUGCAUAAGAUUUUAAUUUGUAUAUUUUUGUGAUUUAUUUUGGCAUUGUUAUAAGUUUGACUCUCGGGGAGUUUUGUUGUUACGACUCUUGUGUCUUUUGUCACAAAACAAUGAUAAUAUUUGCUAAACAAUAUAUGGAAUUUAUUUUUGAUUGGUAAUAAAAAUGAAAUAUGUAUAAA